GAGUGUAUCUUGCGGGUGGAGGGCCAAAGAGGGAUCGGAGGGUGCAAUGCCGAUGCGAGCGAGAUUAGAGCCGGCCGCCGAGUAGCGACGGACGCCAUCUUGCGAUAGGCGGUUACCGUGGAGCAGCACCGUGGAGCGCGAUCAAGGUGGAUUUUCGCUCGCGAGUGAGUCGCGUUUCGCGUGAACGGUGAAGGAAGGAAAGAAAGGACGCUUACAUGGCAUAAUCGCCCGAUGGAUGGGAUAGACCGAACAGGUCAGAGCAGUUUAGUAGGCAGUAGCUUCAAGCGCGUUCGCGUCGUGAGAGAGAACUUGGGAUAGAACGGAAGAGCGAAAGAGAAAGAGAGAGAGAGAGAGAGGGAAAGAGUGUGAGUGAGUGAGAGUGAGAGAGAGAGAGAGAGAGAGAGAGAGUGAGAAAGUAAGGUAGUGCGAGAAAGAAAGAGAAGAGACAGAGAGAGCGAUAAAGAGAGUGAGCGAGCAAGAAGAGUAGAGAGAAGACGGCAGUCGAAGAGAAAGAAAGAAAGAGAGUAAGAAGUGCGCGCGGUCUCUUCGACUCCGACAGCCGACGGACCGUCAGAACGGUUGGACAGUUUAACCUAAAGCUAAACGCCGCUGGUGCCGGCCGUUACGUUCUCCGUGCCUCCUCCCGGCGGGUGGCGGCCGCUCCUUCGCGAUUUUAAUCUCGUUAGCGGACACGUGCGCGCCGUCGCUCCUGUCGGGCUUCGCCAAUCUGGUUUGUUUAACAGGAUUCGGGGCUCGGGUUGAUAAAAGGCGCGGAGCAUUCGGGCGCGGCGCGAGUACAGGAGGCCAGGAGGCGGUGGGUCGCUGCAACAGCAAAGGAACGAGGAACGAGAAACGUUUUUCGUAUUCGUAUCUCGUGGUACUAGGGUGCGCGAGAGCCGCGGCUACGAGGACUGUGACGGCGGCGGCGGCGGCAGCAGCAGCACCAGCAGCCAAGAGAGAGAGUGUGCGACGAAAGCAGUGCUGCGGUGGCUCACCACACCCAACGGCGCCGGGAGCCGAGCGAGCCUAGCGAGAACGUACGCGAGCCCGAGGGCCGCCCAGGGACCAGCACCGGGUGCUCGGCUCCUCGUCCCUUCGUCGACGGACUUCGUUCCGUCGACCCGAGACCGAGCGAGCUACGAGAACGGGAACGGAACGGAACGGGCACGAGGACGAAGAAGAAGAAAGAGCGGUGUGUGUAGUGCGUGCUCGUGGAUUGAUGUGUCGCUGGCAUCGGCCUCUGUCAGGAGUGCCGAACCGCGUGUGCUGUCGCUGAGCCGGUCGACAGGACUCCAACGGAACGAGAAUAAGCACGAGGACCUUCAUCGUGGCAAGAUAAUAUUCGCUGACACGCCGUGCUGGGCCUGCUAGCAGUAAGCGUUUGGCAGCGGGCAAUCCCCUACGGCGACUCGUUAUCCUCCCUCAUCCUCAUCCUCAUCCUCAUCCUCCACGUCCCUCCUCCCUCCGAGGAUUCUGCCUUGAAUCAUGGCGUGCUGCCUAUCGGAAGAGGCUAAGGAACAAAAGCGAAUCAACCAGGAGAUCGAGCGGCAGCUUCGGAGGGACAAGCGGGAUGCUAGGCGGGAACUCAAGCUCCUACUUUUGGGCACCGGCGAAUCGGGCAAAUCUACAUUCAUCAAGCAGAUGAGAAUUAUCCAUGGAUCUGGAUACUCGGACGAGGAUAAGAGAGGGUUCAUCAAGCUGGUCUACCAAAAUAUUUUCAUGGCGAUGCAGUCCAUGAUCCGGGCAAUGGACCUCCUCAAGAUUCAGUAUGCGGAGUCUGCGAAUAUAGAAAAGGCAGAGCUUAUACGAAGCGUGGACUUCGAAACAGUCACGACAUUCGAAAGCCCAUACGUAGAGGCCAUAAAAGACUUGUGGGCAGAUGCUGGUAUUCAGGAAUGCUACGACCGUCGGCGGGAGUACCAGUUGACAGAUUCUGCCAAAUACUACCUGAUGGAAAUAGAUCGAGUGGCGGCACCAAACUACCUCCCAACAGAACAGGACAUUCUUCGCGUGAGAGUGCCCACCACUGGUAUAAUUGAAUAUCCUUUUGACUUGGAAGAGAUCCGGUUUAGUUAUCUUAGUGACCUAGACCGUAUUGAAAAGCCUGACUUCCUCCCUACCGAGCAAGACAUUCUCCGGGCUCGAGCUCCCACUACCGGCAUUAUAGAAUACCCGUUUGAUCUGGACUCCAUCAUUUUUAGGAUGGUAGACGUCGGUGGACAGAGAUCAGAGAGAAGAAAAUGGAUCCAUUGUUUCGAAAACGUUACUUCCAUCAUAUUUUUAGUAGCUUUAAGUGAAUACGAUCAAAUUCUAUUUGAGUCGGAAAACGAGAAUCGAAUGGAGGAAAGUAAGGCGCUAUUCAAGACGAUCAUAACAUAUCCCUGGUUCCAGCACUCCUCCGUUAUUCUGUUCCUAAACAAGAAAGAUCUGCUUGAGGAGAAAAUAAUGUACUCUCAUCUCGUCGACUAUUUUCCCGAGUACGACGGCCCACAGAGGGAGGCCGGUGCGGCUAGAGAAUUCAUUCUGAGGAUGUUUGUUGAUUUGAAUCCGGAUAGCGAGAAGAUUAUUUAUUCCCACUUCACGUGCGCCACAGAUACGGAAAACAUCAGAUUCGUAUUCGCGGCGGUGAAAGAUACAAUUCUCCAAUCGAACUUGAAGGAAUACAAUCUGGUGUAGAGGAACUCGUGCCGAUAGCCAGAGUGAAAAUUAAGCUGUUUCCAUGUAGCCCAGAUCAGAGAAAGGAAAAGCCCAUCAUCAUCGAUACGGACUUUAAUCGAGGGAAAGCGAAAACGACGAGAUCGACGAAGAAGAAGAGAAAAGGCAAAGGCAAGCGUUAAGGGAAGUAGAAUGUUUGAAGAGGCGAAGAAGAAGAAUCGAAGGAAGAACGAAGACGAGGAGAAACGAAACGAAGAAGGAAACAAAGUAGGAGAGCAAAAGCAAGAAAUAAACACUGACUUGUGGUGCCACCAGCAUACAUCGCUGCUCCCAUCACGAGUGUACCAACAUUAGCUAGAUAAAUAUGUAUGGGGAUUCCAGCGACAAACAAGGACUUAAAUCUGAGCGUUAUACGUUCUUUCCUAACCUUUUCACUGUCGACACCAACAAACUGAUUUAGUUUCGUACUCUUUGUUGAAUUUGUUACCUUUUUAUAGCUUAGCUUAGUUGAUCGAGCCCGGCUGACCGCAUCAUCGCCUCAAUCUCAUUUUUUUUCUUUUCUUUUUAUAUAUAUAUAAAGAAUUUAUAAGGAAACAAAAAAACAACAACAACCCACAAAGAACAAACAGCAGCACGGCCGCGCGUCCUGUCUGUCCGUAUGUCCGUCUCGAGUCGAGAGAUCUCAGCGCGCGAGUAGAAGCCGAAAGGGGACAAAAAGCUUUUAUCACGAGUAGUCGGUGACACAAGUGAGAGCAAUUCUAGUGCCAUUUACUAGUGUGGUGUUUAUAUUGCAGUCCUUCGUUAGAAUGCAAAGCCAAAGUGUUUUUUGUUUUUUUUUUUUAAUCUGUGCCAGAAACGACUAAAAGUUUUUUCUGCAUGUGACUCAAAUUCACAAUUCAUCAUAUAAAUAUUGUUAUAUAUAAUAUAUAAAAAUGAAAGAUAGAAUAGUGUCAAAGAUACAGCAACAACAAGAAAAACUUUCCCCCUCGCCCCCUUUAACAUUACGGAGAAAGAAAAAAGAGAAAGAAUAUUAGGGAACGGCAUCUGUUUCGAUGUGACUUUAUAGGUAAUUCGGAGGCGGAGAGCGCUCAGGUCCAUCCACCUGAUCUCUCUCCCUUCUGAUCUUAACUGCGCUGACGUUCACUGAACGAGGGCUGCUGCACCAGUUGCAUUCCGCGUUUCGUACCAGCCUCCAUAAUGAAAAUCCUUUGAUCCUGACUUUCUCUUUGCCGGAAUCACAAAGUCCUCGUAAACACGUACAGUCGCGUUACACAGAACUUCCUCUUCGGACCCUUCGCUCUUCGUACCUCGCGGGCGCCGCCUUCGUAAACACGUGAUCAGGAUCCUCCUCGUCCAGCGCGCAGCCCUCGUCCGUCGACACAGCCUUGUAAAAGCGCAGCGAGUAACACGGGGAGGUGCAUACGGUGGGGGUGCACCAAAAUACGUUCCCCCUGUUCCUCGCUCACUCGUAUCCACCUUACACAGUGUACGUAUGUAUGAACCGCUCACUGCCAGCGCUCGCUCAUGCUGGCCAGCGCGCUGCCCGCUGCCCGCUGCCUGUAAUCUCUGGCCUGCCAAGUGAAACGCCAGGUCUGCACCGUUGCCGCAGCCGGCCGCGAUCGUACCAGAAGACGAUAACCCCUCGUAAGUAAUUCGAGGAGAGAGAGAAGAAAGAAAUCAACGAACCUAUUAUUCGCCUUUAUCGCGUACCGCGCGCCAUCCCAAAGCGCCGACCACGCGCGUACUUCCGGUCGCAACGGUGCAAACUGAAUCCGCGGGACCAGAGAAUAUUCGCGCAUUAACGAAACACCAUCCCUACCAGAAUCGAAUCCCAUAUCCUCCACCUGGCCUCCUCGUUAUUCCUGCGACACAGAAGUAGCUCCGGAGGAGAAUUUCAAACCGGACCUUGACCCUUGACCCCCCCCCCUCCUUUUAUCCCCAUACCACAAGGUGUUGGCCGAGGACGAGGUGGCGAGACAUUCAGACAUGUGCAGUCCGAAUGCCACGCUUUGACUCUUGCAACCGGAAGCCGAUGCCACACGCACACGGGGCAGCAUACGUCAUAAACCCACUACAGUCGAGACACUGAGUUUAUAUGGAAGAGAAAUAUAAAUACAUUGAAUAAAAAUAUAAUAUUAAGAGAUAACAACAAAUAAUAUUGAAUAAUAAUAAUUGCUUGGUUUUACGUGUGGGUGCACGUGCGACGUACGAUUAUACGACGAGAUGUGUGAGUGUGUGUGAAUGCGCGCGCGCGCAUGGGUAUAUGUGCGUGUGUGUAUGCAUUUUUCGACUAGGAGGAUGCUGAGUGCGUGUGCGCGCGCGCGCGCGUUUCUCUGCGUGGGAGCGCUAGUAUAUACGUAUGCGCGUGACUCCGUGCGAGUGUGAAUUGUGGGUAAAUUUCUUUUUGGGGUAGAAAAUAAAACUCACCUGCCGCACGUAGCGCGCGACGGGUCGCGCGAGUUGACCGUCGCGACGCUUGACGACGCCGUGGGCGCCCUGCGAGCGGUCACCGUGGAUACGUGAUUCAGCUACGAAUCUCUUUGACAAUGCGUAUUGCAUACGAGUGUUUAUGGGGAAUGCGUGCUUGCAUGGGCUGCGUGUUUAUUUUUUGUUUCUCUUUCCGUCGAAGGUGAACACGCGGCCGGGGUGUGACGAGCGAUUAGAGCGGCGUUAAAUUUUGUUGCCUGACAGACACGAGGGGAAGCGAGCGAAUGACGCAAUUUGUGGCUAUAGUUCAUUUGUAAAUCAUUUCUUGUCAAAAGAGGGGAUAAAGAGAAAAGUAUACAUUUUUUCCGAAAGCAUAAUACGUUGGGUAUUCUUUCUGUGUGUAUAAAAUGUAAACACCUGCAAAAAAAAAGCCCAAGAUGAAUUCAAUGUUUCUAACUUAUUUAUAAUAAA